AUGGCCGUCCUGCGGCCGGAGGCGGCGGCGGUCAUUGCGACGUCGACAGCGCCGCCGGCGCACGGGUGGCUGGGCGGCGGCCUGGGGAGGGAAGUGUCCGGGGAGCUGAUCUUCCAGGUGGAGCUGGAUGCGUGGGAUAACAUCAAUGCGCGAGGCGGGCGGAGCCGCGGCGAAGGGGAGGCGGCGCCGAAUGCGUUCCUGCAAAUCCUGCGGCAGUGGGGCACGCCCAACAACUCUUUCUGCAUCCAGGUUCUCAACGAUAUUCAAGAAGUCAAGAAUAGUCUCAACUUGCGCUCGUCUAAAAUUGGCCCAAGGGCUUUGGGGGAUGCCCUUGCAGCUGUGGGAUACAAGGUGCACAUCAGGACGGCAGUGGGUGGCAGGGACGAGUCCCUGUUCCUGGAGCUGCACCAUGAGUUUCUGGUCGUUUUUCUGGAGGGCUCGGGGGACUGGGAGGAAGAUGCCGAAGUCAUCGUGGAGCCCAACUUCCGCGACCAGUUCAAGAUCCUCAACCCAACACUGCGCUACUCACAGAUCGUGGACACUAUACCCGAGGAGUACGCUGGCCCUGUGCACAGGCUGGGCGACCUUGUGCAGCUCCUGUGCAAGGAGAUGGCGUCUUCCUUCUCUUCCAUGGGCACCACACUGCCCCCGUGGAGGUGCCAGCGGAGCAUGAUUUCAAGGUGGCGGCCAAAGGUGUACAGGGAUGAGCGGCUGGACUCAGCAGCCGGCCGCCCAUCAGAAUGCGGCCCCAGGCCAGAGGCCCAUGCGGCUGCUGCCGGAGGCGGAGGCGGCUCAGAGGCUUGCUGGAACGACGCGCUGCGGGAGUGA